ACGCACUAUUCGUUUCACUCACAGCCGACAGAAACAUCGUGCUCGUAUAGUAUCCAGUUCAUCACUUUCCAUACAUAUUCAAUGGGGCCGCAACAAGACCGCGACGGAAAUAUUGACGCGAUCGACCUGACACUCUCUUCACCGGAGCCGGAGGCCAGACCUCAGACUCAAGCAAACAGACAUCUGCAACAACAGCAGCCUGCCAGAACAGUGAAGCAAGAGCCAAGAAAUUCGUACAGAAGUACACACAGCGACAGCCAACGUCAGGGUUCGACCAGGGCUUCACAGCAGCAGCCACGCCGUAUCAACCCAAACCAUGUAAAGCAGAUCAUCGAGACUAGCAGCUCUAAGGCACUACGAAGCAUCGUGUUGCAGCUGUGCGAGUCGUCACCGGCGCUGUCUGGUGCGAUUGCUCGAGGGCUCGCACCGCAGUCAUCUUGGGCACAGGCGUUGAUGCGUGGGCAGCAAGCUCAUCCGUAUGCACAGCCACAAAGCCAAGCCCCGAUCAAGUCUGAACCCAGAUCGAACGAGCAAGACGUAUAUGAGCGCAUGAAGCAGCGUCUUGGAUCCAGCAGCGGUGCGCACAGCUCGAAUGCGAGGCUGAACACGCAGACCACAGCUUCGAGACUAUGUACCCGCCGCCCAACGGCGAUUCACGAAAACAGCAAUGGCUUACGUUUACCACCAAGCUCUCAAGGGCCUCCGACAGUCAAGCGCGAGUAUCAAAUUAGUCCUGCAGACUCGGAUGACAGCACUAAUAUCGUCGAUUUCCCAGCCAUGGAGCGAGAGGCGCGGAAACAGGAGCAUCGUCACCACACCAAUGCUGGUAGCAGCUCCAGACACCAGACUUCUGCCAGCCAGAGCGCUGAGGGGCUCGCCGUUCGCCAGCGCUCGACACAUCACCACGCAUCUGAUCACAAACCCAAGUUGUGCGUGCAAUGCGGUGAGCUGUUCAAUGAGGUUGACACGAAUUGUGAACACCACCCUGGCCGCCAAGCUCCUGCCAGGCCCGGUGACGUCUCUCAGUACACGUGCUGCGGAAUGUUUGAAGGUGAGCCUGGCUGCAAGCUUGGUCGACAUGUUAGCGAGAGAACCGGAGGCAUGACCAACUUAAAAAGACCAUCGCCGUCUCUCUUCGGUAGCUCACACUUGAUCAAGAAGCCCAGAGUUAUGUAACUGAAGUCUGUACGACCCUUCGGUAACCCGCCCAGCAGCCCAGAUUUAUGCCUUGGCAACGCUCUCGCAUGGUUCUAUGCAAGGGCGAGCAAAGUUCCACUCAACAUCCGCAAUCGCAGACUUGAAAUUCGCAGAUGAACGAUUAAUUCCGCAGCAAUCGAACAGUACCACCAUGGUACACCUCCAGUAGUACAGUCAUUGGGAGGCACAGUGCCUGUGUCACGGCCCUGAAACAUUUCGGGGAGUUGAAUUAAGCUGCACAUGGCAGAGGGUGUCAUGUAGACGAGCGAUCAGUCUGAAUUCGUACUCCCGCCCUGACUGGAUGAGGUGAACGAAGCCAGGAAUCCGC